CGUCCUUCUCAGUGACUCCCGUAGAGACUGCGGCCGGGGACUCAUCUCUUCGUCCCUCCUCCUGGCUUGGGCAGCCUCACGCCCCCCUUCCCAGGGCUGUGUAUAGGUGCCCAAAAUGGCUGGCGGCUGUGCGCGGUAGGAAGCGCUGGAUAAGCAGCGAAGUCCAGGGUCGGGCGCGGGCGGGUGUUCGGUAGUCUCACGGUCCUUUCACCGCCAUGAGCAACAUCUACAUCCAGGAGCCGCCCACCAACGGGAAGGUUUUGCUGAGAACAACAGCAGGAGAGAUAGAUAUAGAAUUAUGGUCAAAAGAAGCACCAAAAGCAUGUAGAAACUUCAUCCAGCUUUGUAUGGAAGAGUAUUACAAUAACACAAUAUUUCACAGAGUAGUGCCUGGCUUUAUAGUGCAGGGAGGUGAUCCUACUGGAACUGGGUCAGGAGGAGAGUCAGUCUAUGGAGCUCCCUUCAAGGAUGAGUUCCACUCACGACUGCGAUUUAAUCGAAGAGGACUUGUUGCUAUGGCAAAUGCUGGGCCCCAUGAUAACGGGAGUCAGUUUUUCUUUACACUGGGUCGUGCAGAUGAACUUAACAACAAGCACACAAUCUUUGGAAAGGUUACUGGGGAUACAAUAUAUAACAUGUUGCGCCUUGCUGAAGUAGAAGUUGACAAGGAAGAGAGACCUCUCAGCCCACACAAAAUAAGAAGUAGUGAGGUUUUGUUUAAUCCUUUUGAUGACAUUGUCCCAAGGCCAAAUAGAAGACUGAAGAAGGACAAACCAGAAGAAGAAACUAAAAAGUCCAAAGUAAAAGGCACAAAAAACUUUAACCUGCUUUCCUUUGGGGAAGAAGCUGAAGAAGAAGAGGAAGAAGUCAGUAGAGUUAGUCAGAGCAUGAAGGGAAAAAGUAAAAGUAGUCAUGAUCUACUGAAGGAUGAUCCACAUCUGAGCUCAGUUCCUGCUGUCAAAAGUGGAACAGCAAGUGAGGAAAGGGAUUUGAGUGAGGAGGAAGAAGAACAUGAUGAAGAUGCUGAUAGUGUAGACAAUGAAACUGCUAGUCAUGAGAGAUCUCAAAUAAAGGAACGCAUUGCCAAGAAGUUGAAAAUUGAUACAAGUGAAAAUGCUAAACAGCAAUCUGAAGAGGAAGAAAAUAAGCCAGAAAAGAAAACAACUAGUCGCAGUGAGGAGCUACGGAAAGAAGUGCGACAGCUGAAACGUGAACUGCUGGAAGCAAAGCAGAAAAAAGAAGAAAGAGCUUUAAAACCCAAAGAGAAAGAAGGAAGGAGUCUGUUCCAGUACCUGUUGAGAAAGAUAGAUGGCAGGAAAGAACCUAUUCAACUAGUUAUCAGAGAACCUAACUAAAAAUUCUAAAAAUAAACAUGUUCUGAAAUUUAAGGCAAAAUUAAAAAGACAUUAAAUGAGAUGCAAGUGGUGAAGGAUAAAAUGAUCAAUAAAAAUAUAGUGAAAGCUGUUUCAGGUUUGUACUAGAAAACAAACUGAACAUGAAUUUUCUUCAUGUUAUGGCUGUCACUUGUUACGAAUUCUUGCUGCAAGAUUCUUGCUACAAAUGCCUUAACUGUAAAAGUGCAGUUGUAUUAUUGCACUCAGUUCUAAGUAUUGUACCACCAAAAAAGAUAAUGAACUCAUGAAAUGGAUGAAUUGGAUAAAAAUUAACAAAGCCACCCAAAACUAGCAGAAGACUAUGCAAACUAAUUUAUUAGGAGAUACUUGAAGAUAUGUGUAAUUUAUGUAGGGAGUGGGAUGGGAGGGUGGAAUCUUAGCUAUUUAAAGAGGUUAAGUGAAAGGAAUGAAGCAUGCCUUUACUAUGAAACAGAAUUUACAACUGAAGAAGAAUAGAAUAGACUUUAGAAACAAUUUAUCUUGAAUACAAUGAACUCUAACAACGGUAGAAGUUUUGUACCAAGUAAUUAAUUUUGCCCCUAAGUUAAAAGCAUUUAGUAUAUCUCACUUAAUCGUUUUGUAUUUAUUGGCCUGAAUAUUCUUCAAUGCCAUAAAACUAUCGACAUGGAGGAAGUCUGCUAAAAGUAUAAUAGUUUACCUAUUCCACAUUAGUUUACAUAUAAGAAAUUGCAUAUAUUUAAAACAUACUGCUAUCAGGAAAUUAAUGUGUAUGUAGCAGGAGGUCUUUCCAUUGUUCUCCGCCUGUACUCUUGGGCAAUGUGGAAUGGAGAGUGAGUUGUGUCAUGCUGUAUCAGGUGAGUCUGUGCAGAUGGUGCAGACACUUGCAGUAUGUCUGCCUAUGCUUUUAGCUGGCUGCAUUAGGAAAAAAUGCUAGUUCAGAGGCUAUGUAACCACAUUAUUAUGAUUCUGUGCUUGAUUAAAAAACAUUGCGUCUAAGCCAAGACUUGCAACCAUAGUGGGAGAAAUUCACUGAAGACUACAGAACUGUGAGAAUAAGGCUUAGGUCAUACUGGACUUGAUGCAGGAUUGAGUUUAAUUCUGGAGGAUUCUGAUGAACUGGUGGCAGCGUGACACAUCUAUUUUAAGUUCACUGUCAGAUCUAUAUUAGUAUUGGCAUCACAUUUGGUAUCACUUCUUCAAAUUGUUCAUGUGACAUAGUAUGCCUACCUAAUAUUUUUCUGUAUUCAGAGAUUAGAGUAAUUAAGAAAGACUAAGGAGUGAAAAUUUAAGUGUUUACAUUGUUUCAAGAGGUCAUAGAAAAAAAAUAAAUCCCUCCAUGUAUGUUAGAUUAUAACCAGCCUUCCAAUUUGUGAAUAGUUAUUAUUGACUAUGCCAGACUGCUGUCAACUUUAAAUAAGAUGUUUUUCUUUUAUAUGACAUUUGUUGUAGUGAUGCCAGAAAUUACAUCAAACACUACAAUUUGAGUGCUGAAUUACUUCAGCAUUUUGAAGUACUUGGUCAAAUAUUUGAAAAAGAUACACUUUUCAAAGUUCUGUAGUGUAAACCUGUGAAUAUACUUCAGUGAAAUCUGCUUUAGACGAAUAACAUCUGCCCAGUUGUUUUAACUAUAUGUUGGUUUAAAGUAGUAGGAGUAUUUAUGAAGUAAUACUUUAGUUUUUCAUGUUAGAAUAUUUUUGUAAAUGGUCUGAUAUUCUGUGGAUUAUGAAAUUGUCACACAUGGAAAAACAGAAAAGAUACAAAAUAGUCUGAGCAGAGAAACCUAACAACCAAUGUAAAAACCAACAUUCAAGUGUAAAAGUUCUACUGAGGCAUGCAGUAUUUUCUGUUUUGUGUUUAAUUGUGAUAUGGUAAGCAAAUGAUUUAAGUGUUAAGAAAAUUCUCAAAAUCAAGUGAGGAUGCCAAUGUAAGAUUAUGUUUUAUUUCUGUUUUAUUAUUACAUUUGGGUACUGUCAGGAGCACUCAAAGAUUUAAGCUCUGUCUUACACAGAAAAAUGCCUUCUUGAAGUCUGAAACUUUUAACAAAAUUUUGCACCCUUGAGAACAUUGUGAACACAACAACUUUCAAAUUUAGGUGAUUUGGGAACUUCACAGCAUAAAUGCAUUAAGUAUGAAGAUUUUUUUUAGUCGAUCCGGUAUAGCUGCAUUGUAUCAAAGUAUCCAUCUUGGACGUGUCACUUUUGCAAAACUUUGUUUUCUUCCACUAUUUACAAUUUUUUUUCUUUCAAUUUCAUUAAAUAAUACUGAGCAUUCCCUAUUCAGUUUCUUCCUUGCUAAAGUGAAUGCUUUUUUCCUCAUGUCUUUCUGUCUGCAGAAGAGGACAAAAUCUCACUGUAAGCCUGCUUUGAUUUUAGUAGUAAUCUUAAGCAUGUACUCAAAAUCUGCUGACAUUCAAAAAUUACCUGCAUUUUAGACUAGGACUGUGUACAUAAAAGCUACCAAAGUUCAGAAAAUAUUUUCUAGAAACUUGCAGUUCAUACUAUUUUACAGAUCUGCUCUGCUCUUUCCAAUAAGUGUUUUGAAGCUCUAGGAAUUACUUCUAAGGUUUUAUUAUUUAUGUUGGCUAAAUGAACUAGUAAGUUUGUUCUAGAACUGUUACUUUUUCACUGUAGAAAACUGAAAACUCAGUAAUCAGUCCAACCCUGGAAGCUCAUUCUGUAAGCCAAUCUAUUCAGUUGUUCACAGUUGCUAAAUAUUUCCUGACUCUUACCUUACUUCUUGGCAAACUGUGUCUCUUCAGGAUCAGCCAGAGCUGUAGCAACAGUAACUGAACAUUUCUUGAAGGUGCAAAGAAAACCACAAGUAGAACUAGUUCUGAACAAAAAUAUAUGGGAGAGUAUGUUAUAAAUUCUUUCAAGCAUAAAAUUAUAUUGUAUAGUCAUAUACAUAGUAUAUAAAGCUGUAAGAAAAUUUUUUCCUGAAUUCUAGAAGAAGUGUGUUAUUGUCUUGACUAUUAAUUAUAGAAAGUGGCUUUAAGUUCUCCAUUUGUCACUUCUGAUAGGAAUUCCAUUUUAAUUCCUGAAAUAUUAAAGUAUAUCAGAAUUUCUUGUGUAAUUCAGAAGAGAUUUGUUUGGUUUGGAACAAACACAGCUUCUGUUUUCAAGAUUUCAGUCUCAUGAAGAUUUUUUAUGUCAGUACUACGUACCUCCAUAAUUCCAGAAGAAUGCAAUAUAAACUGAAUAUUGAUGAGCUGAAAGUGGAAUAUAAUGCACAAAUACAGGAAUCUGGUUUAGGCCUCUUAUUUUAAUUCACUGAAACCUUCAUCAUAACUUCUGCCACUCCAAACAAGGAGUUUUUAAGGUUUUUACAGGUUUUUGUUUUUUCCCUUUGGUAUUUAAUCUAGCUAUGCCAUACAUAUCUUGAAAUUUCUGUCCAGUAGGUCUUUUAUCAUAUGAAAUGUGUCAUCAAAGUUACUAAAGAAUGCAUUUGAGAUACUGAAGAAAAUUUAUGGGUCCAUCACACUUAAAACAUACACAAACCUUGCUAAAUAAACUGGGAUGCCUUUCAUUAUAGAUAUCUUUGUACACUCUCAUUAUCUUACCUUGGUUCUGCAUGAACUCAUGAUUACAUAUGCAAAGUGCAUUACAAGAGUUAAUGGGAUUAUUUUUGUGCAGUCCAGCAUAUAAGGAAUGUUUUGUAAUGUAAGGUCUGUGUAAAAAUCUUCAUGCUUUCUUUUCAUCAAGAAAAAACAUAAACGAAAAUUCUUUCACUGGUCAUUGUCAGCACUAUAGGCUCUUACUCUUCUCCUAGUGACAUUAAACCUUCAAAAUCAGCAUGUAUUUUCUCUGUGACAGUAUGUAUUGUUUUUACCCUUCAGAAGAUUAGUCUGUUUCUGAUAAUACUUUCAGCAAACCAAACUCCUUCUUUUUCCAACAAAUGUUUUAUAAGCAGCUUCAUUAUCUCUUUCUUAAAAAGGAAAAAAAAUGUAGAUUUUAUAACAGAUUCUAAUCACAAGUAAUUUUGGUUUGUCAAAAAAAGGUUCGUGCUGUGGAAAAUUUUAUGCACACUGUCAUACAUUUGUGUCAAAUUGUACCUUAUCUGUGACACAGUUGGUGGACUUGCUAAGGCAAAGUCACCCCACCUGCAAUGAUAGAAAUGGAUCUCAGUCAUUGAGGGCAAUAUGUGUAUGAGCAUAAGCAGUGAUUAUGCUUUUCAGGCAACUGAACUAGAAUUCAUAUUUCUUGGUUUCUAUAAGGUGGAAGAUAAAAUUGCAGUUUCCGAAAUAGAGCCUAUCUGAUACAACUUCCAUUGAGUGUUUGUUAUGCUGUUAAAUUUAGCAGGUGCUUUAGGAAUUAGGUUAAAACUAUCAAGCUUUCUUUUCUGCUUCACUUCAUAUUAGGGAUUGAUCCAUCCCUAAGCCAUCCCUAAACAUCAUUUCAGUUCAAUGCCUUUGGAUCAAGUUCUGCCUUUGUUAUAUUUCUGCAGUGUUGUAGUUAUAGACUGACAUAAUUUGAACUGUUCCUAAUUUAGGUGAGGGCAAAAUAAGCUCUUCUGUAUUUUUUUUAAAAAUCAAUCUCUUCCUUUCUGGUUUAAAGACCUCAGAAUCUCCUCCUUAGUUUCAGGCUAUCAUUGUAAACCAUGUCCUAAAACCAAAGUCUUAUGUUAGAUUACACCACUGGGUUUGCAUGUGUUCCUCCCUAAAGGAAUAAUUUCAGGAUAGAAGAAUCUAUCUGAAAGAAAAUAAAUUACUUAAAUAAUAAAGUCUUUGUCACAGUAAGAUGAGGAGUCUCUUGAUAGUAACUCAAGCUAGCUGAGAUAAAUAGUAAUAGACUUACAAAUUCUGUUGAAAGUAGGAUGAAACGUAUUUUUGAUAAGAAAGGUUAUCUUUUUCUUUUUUUUCUUUUUCCUCACCUUCCUUACUGAUAGAAUGUACACAGCAACUUGUUCAAACUAAAGGAGAGAUUACACUGUGAUGAAAUCCUUCAGGGCACAAGUGUGCAAAAUCCCUGUAGCUUAAACUGUCAUCUUCUGCAUCUUGCAAUGCCUAAAUUUAAUUUGUUAUUUCGCUUCUGUGUAUCCAUGUCAUGUUUUGUUAAUUUUUGUCCAAAAAAUCCUUUUUGGUUAAGGAGAUUAUUACCAAAGUCAUGAUCCUUAUACUUUUGCUGAAUCAGCUAACUGGACCUAAAUUUGUCAAGCUUCAUAUGACUGUCAAGUCCAUCAUACAUUGGUGUAGUUUCUCUUUUUUUAACUCUACUGCAAAAGAUUUGGAGGGGACCUGGGAAGCCGACUGGGAGAUAUGAAGUAGUAGGCAACAAUCUGUUUUUACAUUAUAAAGGGUUCUUCCCAUUAACAAGAGUCUCCUCUGGACAUUUUCUUUUGCUUGCUAAUUACCACAGUUCAUUCAGACACAAAAUAAUUUUUUUUCAACACGAACUUUUUAUGCCUGUCAAAAAUUGAAUAUAUAAUUUAUAUUAAAAAGUACAUUGUGGUUUUGAAAUAAUUGGAGUUUUCAAGUUUUAAAAUGUGUAAGAAACCCAUUGACUUAGGGGCUUUUGAAAAUCCUUCCUGUAUAAUUGCUUGCUUUUGAUAUGGAGUAAUAGGUUGUAAGACCUCAUGGAGAAAUACAAUGUCUUUAAGCCAUUUUAAUGAAAGAUGCAUAAAUAUGAUGCAUACAAGUGCAUGGCUCUUUUGAUUGACUCAUGCUGAAGUUAGUUCAAGUGGAUCUGAUUAUCUUUUGUCUGUCUUAUGAAAAGGCUUUCCUAGGAGACAGAGAGAAUGAAGUUGAGGAUUAGAAAAACUCUUGACAAGCAAAGACCAAAGAAACAAUAAUCUCAAGGGAAGGCUCUAACUGAAAUUUUAAUUAUUUGCAUUAACACACAUAUGAGUGGGAUAAAAAUACACAAACACACAACUGCAGAGGAAUUUCACCCUUUUUGUAUGAGAAUUGUAUUUGAGCUGCACUAGAGUAAAUCUUAGUCAAAAGACCUGUAUGACUAGGGAUCCCAUUUUCUUAAAUUCAGCAUAUGUAUAUCAAAGUGUGGAUUGCAGGUUUAAAUGUUUGUAGCCAUUUUCAUGCAUAUUCAAGAACACUCUUCUCAGUUCUUUUGAUUGUCAUAAGUGGGCAAUUCUAUUAAUCGUAGGGUACUGUUAUUCCCUUCAAAGCACCCCUUUUUGUAAAUGUCACCUGAAAGGUUGUUUUCUAUAAAGAAGCAGAUGGUUUUGUAGUUCAAAUUAAUUAUCUAGAGGCUAAAUGUUAGUAAAACAAGACAGUAUGUUGUUUCCACACAGUCAACAAGUAUGGAUACAUGCAUUUAUGCAAAAAAAGUGUAUUGUCUUCACAAGGGGUUGGUCUUGAAUUAAGAAUGGGAUUUUUUAUUAGUAGAAGAGGUUGACUAAUAGGGGAAAAGAUGGAGCUGAACCACUAUGAUUGAUAGUUUUACGCUGUACUUCUGUUCUUCUCAGUUCAUCUGAUAUAAUGCUGCAUGAAAUUUUAUGGCAGAUUUGAUUUCAUUCAUCCAGCUGUUUAAUCAUCCCUAAAUGUGUGUUUGUAUGCAUUUAUCUAUUUUGGUCAUUCUAGAAGAUGGCUUUUUCUUUCUUGCUGGUACCUGUAAUCCACUGUUCUUCAUUAUACGCAAAGUAUCAACUGGAAAACAGCAAAUAAACCAGCUGUGAAUUGUA